AACUCACCUGAACUCUGUUCCCAUUUACCAUUCACACUAAUGGCACGACCACAACAACGGUUUCGAGGCGUUAGACAAAGGCAUUGGGGCUCUUGGGUCUCCGAAAUUCGUCACCCACUCUUGAAAACAAGAAUCUGGCUAGGGACGUUUGAGACCGCGGAAGAUGCGGCAAGGGCCUACGACGAGGCGGCGAGGUUAAUGUGCGGCCCGAGAGCUCGGACUAAUUUCCCAUACAACCCUAAUGCCAUUCCUACUUCCUCUUCCAAGCUUCUUUCAGCCACACUCACAGCUAAACUCCACAAAUGCUACAUGGCUUCUCUUCAAAUGACCAAACAAACGCAAACACAAACGCAAACGCAGACCGCAAGAUCACAAUCCCCGGACAUUUACGGUGUGACGGUCAAUGGAAGUCAGUUUAACAGGGGAGGAGGAGUAACGGAGACGACAGAGAUCAAGUGGGAAGAUGGUAACGUGAAUAUGCAACAGAAUUUUAGGCCAUUGGAGGAAGAUCAUAUUGAGCAAAUGAUUGAGGAGCUGCUUCACUACGGUUCCAUUGAGCUUUGCUCUGUUUUACCAACUCAGACGCUGUGAGAAAUGGCCUUGUCGUUUUAGUGUAU